GUUUGUAUUGAACACAUGUUUUCCCAAAACGUUCUUUUACGUUCCUGAACAGACUUUGAGAUACGUACGCGCUCCUGGUGUACAGCCCCGUUUUGGUUCAAAUGAAACGUUCUAUUACGUUUUUAUGUACUGAAUGCAGCCCGAGUUUCAUAUGUCAUCAGCUGUCAAGACACUGAAAGCUACCUACACGCGUGUGUAGCUAACACUACGAAAAAAACUUCGGAUAAUUGAAGAGAUGGCGCUGAUUGGAGUGCAGCUGGUGGUCAGCUUGCUGGCUGCUAGCAUCAUGCAGAGAAUGGCUCCACACUGUUCAUUUGCCCGCUGGCUCCUGUGCAAUGGCAGUCUUUUCCGGUUCAAACACCCCUCUGAGGGAGAGCUGUGUGCCCUAGCUGGAAAACAGAUGCCCAGCAAGCCCAGCAAGAGAGACAGGAGACAGAACGGGGACAGCAAACCUCUCACAGUUCCCAAGGACAUUGACCUUCACUUAGAAAAAGCUCCAGUCGGCGUCCUUGAUGCCCUUGUACUGCGAUUCUUCCUGGAGUACCAGUGGUUGAUUGACUUUGCAGUGUAUGCGAUGGGCAUCUACCUUUUCACUGAGGGCUACUUCUGUGUAGUUGACCCUGCCAAGGAGGUCCACAUUGGGGCCAUCUGGUGUGUGCUGACCGUUCUCUGCUGCCUGAAAACCCUCCACUCCCUGAUGGGCCACUACUUCAGGUCUGACGAGGGAGGCGAGCGCUCGGUGUGCCUGGCCUUUGGCUUCCUGUCUCUGCUGGUGGCCAUGCUGGUGCUGGUGGUCAGAGAGGACUACCUGGAGUUUGGCCUGGAGCCUGGUUUUAACAGUCUUUUUGACAACCUUGAGGUUUUCGCAAAACAUCAAGGCUUUGCUGAGUGGUCAGUCCCUGUGACCAAGCUGACUGUGAAGUUGGGUCUGGCUGCCAUCUGUGCUUUUAUUGGUGCUUUGCUGGCCUUCCCUGGCCUCCGCCUAGCCCAGACCCACCUGGACGCAGUUCAGAUGAACUCAGACCGCCCAUUCAUCCAAAUGUUGUUGCACAUGAGCUUCCUGGCCCCAGUGGUGGUGAUCGUGUUGUGGAUCAAACCCAUUGCUAGGGAUUUCCUGGGGAACGCUCCAAUGGGGAAGACCUCAGUCACCCUUAUGUCAAGUGCGGUGUUUGACAGUGUUCGUCUGUGGACAGUGGUGGUUCUGUGCUGUCUGAGGCUGGCCCUCACCCGCUACCACAUGCAAGCCUACCUCAACCUAUCCCAGAAGUGGGUGGACCAGAUGAAGAAGGAGGCGGGGCGCAUUGCCGCCAUCGACAUCCAGAGGAAGGUGACCCGUGUGUUCUGCUACCUGACCAUAGUCACCCUGCAGUACAUGGUCCCUGUUCUACUCAUCCUCUUCUCUACUCUGGCUCUGAAGGCCCUUGGUGACUUCUCAUGGAGUGGCGCAGAGCAGGCUCCGGGGGUGACCCCUGCCCUGGUAAUGCCCACGGUCUCUCCCGUCCUGCCAGGGCUGGAGGAGGACGAAGAGGGGGUGGAGGACAUGGAGGAGGACAUCCAGGCCACGGUGGCCCGUCUAACCGAGGGCUUCUCGGCCCUGCGCUCCGUCCUCACCCCCCUCUUCUUCAGAGGCCUCUUUGCCUUCCUCACCUGGUGGGUGGCCGCCUGCCAAGUCAUCAGCAGCCUGUUUGGCAUUUACUUCCACCAGUACCUCAUGCAGAACUGAAGAGGACUACACUACCCUUAAUCUCUAGCUAACACCGUGCCAGUGUUCCAGGCAGGUCAAACUCAAUACAACAAAUGGACAGGAUGUGUGUGCUCCUGUCUGUUACUGUAACAAAGGUGUCACCGAUAUCAAAAGGGAUGUGAUGGUUUCUGACAUGCUGACACCUUACUACUACUACUACCUUGUUGUCUUGUGGGCCCAGUCAGACCCUUAGACCUUGACCAGGACUAUGAUGAAAUGCUGUAUAAUGUGGACUGGAUUCUGUCCAACUGCGAUGUAUCACAUUUCUCUGUUUUAACAAAUGCAUUUGAAGCCAGUGUUACUUUUUUAUUUUAUCAUAUAGGAUCAGGAAAUGUUGCAAAUGAGUUGUUUCUAGUAGGAAAAGCUACCACUACUUCCAGCCUAGUUUGCUAAUAGAGGCUGAUUUCAGAAGUGCUUGAUGCUUUAUUUAUUUUCGUCCUUUAGUUCUGUUGUACCGUACUGAUUGUAAUGAACCCGUGGAGUUCAGUCUAUUCAGCAGUCAUCACCACUCGACCGUCCAUUGUCCUUAAUCAUUAAUUACCCACCUUUUAAAACAAAGCACUGAGGAUAUUUUACUGUGUUUUAAUGGAGGUAUUCAGUGAAGAAUUCUAAGUGCCUGGAAACUCAGGGAUUUUGAGUCAAUGAUAAGAUAUCUCUUUUUUUCUGCAAAAUAGUAGACGGGUGAUAACAGCUAUCUAUCUGUAUCAUUCAAUAACACUCCAGCCCAGCCUGGAUUUGGCAAAUCUUACCUGUAUUAGCAACCAUCUUUCAGUCCCAACAAAGUUUGUCAGUUGAAUUUGUUUGAACAAAGUAUUUCCUGCGUUUUGUUUUGCUGCCAAACAAUCAUUUACACUUAAAGCGUCAAUCAGCAGUUGAAACAAUAACGAAGCGCCUUCCCCGCCCCUGUUUCGGUAAAAGCUGAGGGAUGGGGAGGGAAAAUGUAUCCACUCUUGAAUGUAUAGACAGAGCUAUGGAUGCAAGGACUGACCAUCCAUGAUAUCAAAAUGAUAGUUUUAACCGUGUUUUGAGGCUAUAUAGUUUUCUAUAUACUUUGUUUACAAACAUUGGAGUAAAACGAGCUUAUUUUGGUUCUGUUGGGGUAGAACAGUUGAACUGAGCUCAUGAGGCAUUAAGUUAUAUUCUUCAAGAAUCAAUGGGUAACAAUUUAUAAGUGAAACAUUUUAUGUAGCAACUGCAGAUUGCCCCUUUUUAGGAUGAUGUAGGCUUAGAACAAAUCUUGCCUAAAACUUAAACCUAGGUCUGAAAUGUGUUGCAGAUUAUGUCGUGUCAACGGUUUAAAAAACAAUGAAUUUACUUAUUUAUACUCUAUUGCCACUGAUCAUGUUGGAAAGGUACAGGUGUCAUGCUGUUGGACUUUUGGGUCGUUUUGUUUUUGGAAAGUGUGAUUUCUGUGUUUAAAAAAAAUAUAUUAAAAAAUCAGAUUGUUUGAAUGUUUGGUAUUCAUUUUACGUUGUGUGGUUUGUAUGAACAUGUUUUUUUCAACAAAAGACUUAUGAAUGCACGGUUUGAACUUUUAGUUGUAUACAAAAUGUUUUAUUCUGUUGUCUGUGUGGCAAAUGUUACUGGCUUAUGAAAUUAUUAAACUCUUGUUUUAAA